UCACUGAUCAUCAUCAUCAUCGAUUGAUUCUACAGUGAAAAACAAUUUUAUGAAGUAAAAUUAAAGACUACUUUUUCAAAAAAAAAUGAUGCUUGCUUCGACACCAAAUCUGCUGCAAAUGUGCAGCUUCGAUGCAACUAAAUCAACAAAAGGAGCAUCAAAAUUACGACGAGAUCUGAUCAAUUCAGAGAUUGCCAAUCUAAGAGAUCUAUUGCCAUUACCAUCAUCAACAAGACAACGUUUAUCACAGCUUCAAUUGAUGGCAUUAGUUUGUGUAUAUGUACGGAAAGCAAAUUAUUUUCAAUAUGCAUUUCGAAAACAUGAAUUGAAUCAUCAAUUGUCAAUGACCAAUUUUGGUUUCUCAAAGGCAUUAAAUGGAUUUCUCAUGAUGAUGACACAGAAUGGAAAAUUGCUCUACAUUUCAGAUAAUGCAGCUGAAUAUCUUGGCCAUUCAAUGGAAGAUCUACUCAUCCAUGGCGAUAGUGUAUAUGAUAUUAUUGAAAAACAAGAUCAUCAAACUAUACAGAAUGAAUUAAUGCGUUCAUCAUCAUCAAAUCCAUCAUCAUCAUCAUCAACCAUAUCUGAUGGCCGAAUAUUUUUAUGUCGUAUGAAUGUUUCACGAAAUUCACGACGACAAAUGCGUUUCGGUGAUCAAAAGGUUGUACUAGUCCAAGGACAUUUUGUUAGCUAUCUACCAUUAUGUAGCCGAAAUGAACCGGUUUUUCUUGCCACAUGUACACCGGUGGCAAUGCCCGAAACUCGUGAAUGUGUCGUACAAGGUAGUACGAAUGUUUUCACAUCAAUUCAUUCAAUGGAUAUGAAAUUCAUACAUUUGGAUUCAAAUGGUGAAUUUCAUCUUGGUUAUCGAAAAAAUCGUUUGAAAAAUCUUUCCUGGUAUGAUAUUAUUCAUUGGGAUAAUCUGAAAGAAGCACAAUCCAAACAUAGGCUAAUAAUCCAAUCGGAACAAGAACGUUCCUGUAUACUGCUAUUACGACUACAGACAAAUUCAAUGCAAUGGAUUUGGGUACAUGUUGUAUUACAGGUUAAAGAUAAUAAUGAAAAUAGCCAACAACCAGUGAUUGUUUGUACAAAUCAAGUAUUAAGUGAAAAAGAAGCUACCAUAAUGCAAACAAAUCAAUGGUUAUAUCAAUUUUAUUCACUACAUUCAAAAAUGCAUUAUUUACAAAAUUCCACUACUGGUACAUCUUCAUCUGGUGGUAUUAUGACAUCUGUACCAUCAUCACCAACACCAAGUUGUAAUUCAAAUACAUCAAAUAAUUAUAAUGAUCAUCAUUUACAACAACAACAACAACAACAAUCAUCAUCAUCAUCAUCAACAGCAGCCACAACAAUAAAUCGAUCAUCAAAUUCACCAUAUACUACUGAUAAUAAUAAUGAUUAUACAUCAGCGGCAGCAGCAGCAACAACAACAACAACAUUUCAUGCUACUGAAGCACCAAAUUUAGUUAUUCAUCCUACCCACUCAAAUAGUAAUGAUUUUUCAUCAUAUUCAAAUGGAAUGUCAAUUCAAACAAAUUCUAGCACCAAUAAUAAUAGUGGCCAAUAUGAUAACUAUGGCAUACAUACACAAUAUUCAUCAUCAUCAAUGGCCCAGCUUCAACAAUAUUCACCACAAGCUGGUACAUUACCAUAUCAGACUAAUCAAACACAGACAACUAAUUUAAAUCAUGUACCAAAUACACCGCCAGCAACCGCUGCUAUUGAACAUUGUAUUAAAGAAGAACAAACAUCAUCAUCACCACCACCACCACCACCAUCAAUGAUAACGAAAACUACUAGAACAAAACGUAAUCGUCAAAAUGGAACAAACAAUAAUGAACCAUCGAAUAAUAAACGAAGUAAAAAUAAAAAGAAUCAAUCAAAUAAUAAUUUGGCAAAUGUUACCGCUACAACAACGGCUAAUACAAUUACAACGACGAAUUUAAAUGAUCAAUUAUCAUCAUCAUAUGAAUUUUAUAGAAAUAAUCAUAAUUCUACGAUGACAAAUUCCAAUCAAUCAACAUAUCCUAGUGCCUAUCAUCACCGUUCUAGUACCGGUUCAAUGUUUGGAUCAUCAUCAGGUACUAGCAAUACAGAUCUCUCAAUGAUUACUCCAGCCACUUAUUAUGGUAGUUCGAUUGGAUCAGCUUAUACAGGCCAUCAUCAUCCACAAAUGGCACAUUAUCAUCAUCCACAUCAAAGCCAUUAUCAUUCACAUCAGAAUCAUAAAUCGUUUACUAUUUUUGAUCAUGAAACUGUGGGUGUAACACCAAUCAUGCAUCAUCAAUAUACACCAUCGGCAUUGGCGACCGGUGGUUAUACCGAUAUUCAUCAACAUCAACCACAAACAUCAGAAAUUCCAAUGGUCUCAUCAGCAUUUAUAACGGCUAAAACUGCCACUAGUAUCCGUAAUAUUUCAAAAAAUUAUUCUACAAAUGAUAUUAGCAACAACAACAACAACAAUAAUAAUAAUAAUAAUGAUCGAAGAGAUUUAGAUAAAGUUCGUUCACCAGAAUCGAUUACAUCAACAACAUCAGAUUAUGGUAGUAUGACAUCACAAUCCCCACCAAGUAUGUUUGAAAAACAAUCACCAUUUUCAACAACCACAACAACAACGACAUCAUUAUCAUCAUCAAUUUCAACAACAUCAUCAUCAUCAUCAUCAACAACAAGUAAUUUUCCAAAUUCAACUAUGAAUUUUGAACCAAUGUAUAGCCAUUCAUAUCAUCAUCAUCAUCAUCAUCAGAAAAAUAAUCAUUGGCCGAUACAUUAAUA